AUGGAUCUGAGGGCGGCUGCGGCCCUUUGCCUGUGGGUGCUGAGCGCCUGCCGCCCCCGGGACGGCCUGGAGGCGGCUGCGGUGAGGGGCUCGCCAGGAGCCGGCAGCCCAGGGCCACUUGCACUCGCCUCUGCCUCCUCCUCGCAGGGGAGGCUCCCGAGGCAGAGGGAGGCUGGACGCCGCGGCGGAGAGGCUCUGCGGAACGGCACGGUGGUGCCCCACCAGUAUAUGGUGUCCCUCUACCGGAGCCUGUCCGCCCCCGAGCCGCCGGGGGCAGCCGCCAGCAGCGGCGGGAGCCGCGCCGAUACGAUCACGGGCUUCGCGGACCUGGCGGCCGGAGCUGACUCCCCGACAGAGGCCGGCCAGACGUACCUCUUCGAUGUCUCCAGCCUGCCGGAGACGGACGAGGUGGUGGGCGCUGAGCUCCGGAUCCUCCGGAAGCCCCCCGCGAACCGGAGUUUAGCCCUGUCCAGAGAGGGAGCCCUCCACCACCUGCUGCUCUCCGCCUGCCCCAGCGCAGACGGGCCGCCCCGGUUGUGGGACUCCCGGGCUGCAGACAUUCUCGACUCGGGCUCGCCCCGCUGGGAGGUGUUUGACGUGUGGGAAGCCAUGAGGGACUGGCGAGAGAAACCCGGCUCGGGCCAGCGAAUGUGCUUCCUGCUGAGGAUCGUGUCGGAUCAGUCCGGGAGGCCUCUGCCCCCUGGGCAGCUGGGCUUCAGCAAGCCCCAGUCCCAGCCCCACGAGAGAGCCCUCCUGGUGGCUUUUUCGCACAGCAAGAGGAAGGAGAAUCUCUUCAAGGAGAUCAGGGAUCAGGUGAAAGCCCUGGGCGGCCCCCCGUUCUUGGAGCCCCCCGAUCCUGGCCAGGAAACGCCCUCUAAACCCAGGAGGAGGCGCAGGACCACAAUCGCCGCCCGGGCUGGGGGGAGAGGGCAGGGCAAGAAGGCAAAGACACGGUGCAGCAGGAAGGCCCUGCAUGUUAAUUUCAAGGAGCUGGGCUGGGAUGACUGGAUAAUCGCCCCUCUGGAUUACGAGGCGUACCAUUGCGAGGGGAUCUGCGAUUUCCCCUUGAGGUCCCACCUGGAGCCUACCAACCACGCCAUCAUCCAGACGCUGAUGAACUCCAUGGACCCCGAGUCCACUCCUCCCAGCUGCUGCGUGCCUUCCAAACUCAGCCCCAUCAGCAUCCUCUACAUAGACUCCGGAAACAACGUGGUUUACAAACAAUACGAGGACAUGGUGGUCGAAACAUGUGGCUGCAGGUAGCAAUUUCUGCAGCCCCGUUAUCCCAGCAGCCAGCCCUAUUUUAUAGAUAUAUAUAUUUGGUGUGUAUCUGUAACGGAGGAUGAAUUACAGUCCUCCUGAAGACGCACGGUCUGCUGUGUCUAACACUCUGCAUACAAUAUCUCACGUGCAUGGAAAAGACGGGACAUUGGAAGCAGGAUCAUUGCCUGGGUGCUACUGGCUGUGCCCAGACACAGUAUAUUUGCAUCCCAACUUGAUCCUAAAUAUUGUGCAGAAACAUCACACAAAUGGGCACUUUAAAAGGGGGGAAAAAUCCGUGACUGUUUUUCCUGGAAUUACAAUCAAGCUCGAAUAUACUUACCCACACAUUUGCUGUCCCGCCCAGUCUAGAAGGUCAGCUGAGGAGAAUCCGUUAUGAAAACACCCCUCCACCUGCUCCAUAUUUCUAAUGACACCAAGAGAAAUGUUCAUCCAAGCCUGCUCCAUUACUGAAUUUACUAUCAUUGCAAUUGCAUUCUUUCAAGUAAGAACACAAUAUUUGCAGCAAAAUAAGACUCUGCCUUGAUCAGCCAUAGCUUUAUUUAUAUGUGUUUUUCUCUGAUUAAAGAAGGCCUAAAAAACAACCUGUGGGUCCUUGUUCCUGUAUGUACCUCUUGUAUAACCCCUUUUCUCUAAACAAUAUUUUCUCUCAUAUCCCUGUAUAUGCCUCCAAAACUAUACAUUCAUUUUGCUCACCUUUUCCAGAUCUAUGUGAUAUGUUUCUACCGAAGAUAGUUCUGUAACUGAUGGUGUAAAUGCAUUGUGUGUAUGUAUUCUAAAGUUUAAAUAGAAUUGUACAUAUUGAACUGUAAAUGAACUGUAAACAGCAAUCUAUAUUUUCUUGAAUAUAUUUUAUAGCAGUAUAUAUUUGUUAAAUAAGCAUUCUUGUAUACUCUUCAUUAACCUUUUUAAUAUUUUGUA